AUGGCUUCCUCUCGAGAUCAAAGAGUCCAGAGGGUUGCUAGCGACGUGGGCAGACUUAGAGAUCACACCAAUUUCGGUCGCUGGCACAGUCGUCUUCGCCGCACCCUCAGAGCCCUGGAUGAUAGAUACUGGCCAACAUUGACUGGCGAGAACCGGCCAUCGAUCGAAUAUGAAAUCCAAAUUCCAACGAAUGACUCUAUUCGCACCACAAUUGCGACACACAACCAAAUCGAUGCUGUGUCGAUCACGCCUGAACAAAUCAAUGCCUUCCUCAACGAGAGUAUCCUCCAGCCUAACGAGGCCCUGCGCACCUGGCGCGCCAUCAAUAAAGAGCUCCUGCCCCUUCUCCAUGCCACACUCGGGAAAGAAGUUCAGCUUCAAGUGCAUAUUGACUUGGCGGAAAGCGCCACACAGGCCUUUGAAGCCAUUGAGAUCAUGUUCAGCACCCGGGCCAAGCAGCAUGUCUGGUCACACUGGCUCAGCUGCACCUAUACGCCGCGCAUUCUGGCCCCGGAUUUUAUCCGGCGCUGGCACCAGGCGCUGGAUGAGUUGAUCUACCUUCUCGGCAACGACGCACCCUCUGUGAAAUGCCAGUUCUGCCAGUUCAUGGCUGCCGUCGGGGAGCACCCGGACAUGAAGGCAUGGGUGCGGGAGAGCCGUCUGGAUAUUGACGACCCGCAGGCCAUGAACAAGCUCGUUGGGGAAUUCCGGGACUAUGUCAUGCACCGCUUUCCUCGAGGGAUUCCUCAGGACAUGAACCAGAAGAUGCGUCGAAUGAGUCAAUUGCCGCCCGGUCGAUCGCCCGGCCUACUCUAA